GUUCAUCGAGGGCUUUUCCAAGAUUGCCCUCCCACUAUCCCAGCUGACGAGGAAAUCUGUGAGGUUCGAGUGGACUGACCGAUGUGAGUCGAGCUUCCAGGAGCUCAAGAAGAGAUUAACUUCAGCACCGGUGUUGACUAUUCCCGAUCCUUCUCGGAGUUUCACCAUUUUCAGUGAUGCUUCGAAACAGGGUCUGGGAUGUGUACUCAUGCAGGAUGGCCAGGUCGUUGCUUAUGCUUCACGUCAGCUCAAGCCGCACGAACAGAACUAUCCGAUGCACGACUUGGAGUUAGCCGCAGUUGUGCAUGCUCUCAAGAUUUGGACAUUAUCUUUACGGCA